AUCCCUUUUGUGCCCUGCACCUUCCUCUUCAUUCCAAAGUACAUUGUUGUGCAUAUUGUUAUUUGGAAAUACUUCAAAAUGACAGCAGACAGGACAAACACUGACGAUCCAGCUAAUGUAGAUUCAGUAUUCUGACAAUUUGCACUAUCUAUUCAAAAUGAACUACCAGACAGUAUAUCAGUAUUCAAAGUCGACUUGCUUGUUGCUACCUAAGAAAAUGAACAGAAGCUGUUUGUCCUCAGCAAGAGUUCAUAUUAAGCUGAAACAAGUUAUUGUUGUGUUAGUGUAUUCCAAAAGCAAUGCAAAUAGACUGAAUGCCUUUCUUUCUAUUGAGGUUCACGUUUUGUCGAUAUCAGCGACAUCUAUUGGCGCAAAUAAAGCAUUGGCCAAUAGGCAACCAGCGUCACUUCGUCUCUUCCUGUUUAUUUUUUCUGAGCAUCACGAUCAGCAAUCAUAGAUAUGUUUUACUGUGUACCGGCAGCGUUACUCUGAAUAAAGACUUUCGACUGCUUUUUAAUAGUUAUUGUCUCGCCAGGAAGCAGUAGAAGAAGCUGUAUUGACACUUUCCUUCCAAAAUGGAUUUAAUGCAGAACACACUGUAGCCUGUGGCAGGUAUCAUGCCAGAACUCAGUAAAAUUUUACAGACAUAAAGUGUUAUACAUUUGUUUGAUAAAGUUCUAGACUGCUAUUCCCAGUGAGCCAGCAGACACAUGUCACGGAUCAGGACCACACUAGACAGUGUCAGCAAGGCAGUAAGCAGCACAAACCUCAUCUCCAAGUUGUCACGCCUGAAGCCUAGUGGUGCUGCAGUCAACAGCACCCAUGUAGAAGAAGUUCAGGUCAAAGCUGGGACCCUAACUUCUAAUGACACAUCUUGUGCUUCACCAGCUCAAACCACAGUGAAAGAAGGAGAAGGUAAGAAGACCAUAGUGGAGGAAGAGUCAGAAAAACAACAGCAGGAAGUUUACGAAAAGCCUUUUUCUGCCACAAAGAAAUCUACAUCCAGUUUAGUUUCAGUGGCAUUUGUGUCUACAUUGAGCCCCUCCUCCACAGUGGCAAAACAAACUAAGCAGCUGUUUCACCCAGCAGCUCUUUCAACCAAUAUGGAUGAGACUUGCAAAACUCUGACUAAGCACAUCAGUGGUUAUUUUGGCACAAGCGCACAAGGUCAAGAAGGAGACAAAAGGCCACCACAGCAGCACAGAGGAGGGGAUGAUCCUCUGUCUGAGCCUGUCAUUCAGUCUGCACCUCAGCAAACUGGGGACCACAUUCCUAUUUCGUCUCCAGUGGCAGAAGCUAAAAGUACAGAAGCACCUACCUCCUCUGUCCCUCCCUCUCCAUCAGUAGAGAUACCAUCUUCUGACACCCCUCAGUUCAUCCCUGUGCCUACUGCCUCACCUAAAAAAGGCUUCACCCACUACCUGUCCUACCCUCGACCCAGUGUUCAGGCGUUUGUCGGCAGCUACAUUGCACCGCUGGUCCCCAAAUUCAGAGGUGAUUCCAAAACUCUCACAGCUGUAAAAGAUAAAUCUUCAGCAGCUGCUAUGAAGGAGCCUGCAAUGGGGAAGGAAGGUGGAAAGACAGAUAGUGAAGAAGAGAAAGCAGAUGAAGUAAAACAACACCUGCUGUCUCAAAGAGAGAAGAUAAUAGCCAGGGUGAGUGUAGACAACAGGACCAGAAAUCUAGUGAAAGGCCUGCAGAGGGUCACUGAUGUCAAACUCCUCACUACUCGAGUGGAGGAACUCAGCCAUCAUCUCCUUGAAUUCCCAGAGACACGAGGUGUAGCCAUCAAGGUAGGUGAAGGUGUGCUGCCCUGCCUGCUGCGUUUAUGCCAGGCCAGAGAUCUUCCUCUUCAGGCUGCUGUGAGAGAAGCACUGGCCCUGGUUGGCUAUAUCAGCCCAGUCAAAGGCAAAGGAAUUCGGAUACUGUCCAUAGAUGGGGGUGGAACAAGGGGGGUGCUGGCCCUGCAGACUCUCCAUAAACUGCAGAACCUGACUGGCAAACAAAUCCAUCAGCUGUUCGACUACAUCUGUGGAGUCAGCACAGGUGCCAUUCUGGCCUUCAUGCUGGGAAUUUUUCAGAUCCCCUUAGAGGAGUGUGAGGAGUUGUACAGAAAGUUGGGCUCAGAUGUGUUCAAACAGAAUGUCAUCGUUGGUACCGUCAAGAUGGGAUGGAGCCAUGCUUUUUAUGACAGCGAAAUGUGGGAAAACAUCCUCAAAAAACGAAUGGGUGAGACGAGUAUGAUUGAGAGUGCCAGAGACCCCCACUGUCCUAAAGUAGCAGCAGUGAGCACCAUUGUGAGCAGGGGUUUGCCUCUAAAGGCCUAUGUGUUCAGGAACUACAGACUCAUGCCUGGAGUGAGAUCCCACUACCUUGGAGACUGCAAACACAAAUUGUGGCAGGCUAUCAGGGCCUCCUCUGCUGCUCCAGGCUACUUCCAGGAAUUUGCCCUGGGGAAAGACCUCCAUCAGGAUGGAGGGCUUUUAAUUAACAACCCCACAGCCUUGGCCAUCCAUGAGUGUAAGUGUCUGUGGCCUAACACUCCACUGCAGUGUGUGCUGUCUCUGGGCACUGGACAGUAUGAGGCAGUAGACAAGACCAGCACAACCUACACGAGCCUGAAGGCCAAGCUCACCAACGUCAUCAGCAGUGCCACAGAUACCGAGGAGGUGCAUGCCAUGCUGGAUGCCCUCCUACCUCCUGACACCUACUUCCGGUUUAACCCCUAUAUGAGCGAGGACAUCCCUUUGAACGAGAACCGUGUGGAGAAGCUGAACUUUCUCAAGAGCGAGGGGGAGCGCUACCUGGAACGCAACGAGGCCAAGCUGAAGAAGGCAGCCAUUGUACUGGGCCAGGAGAAGAGCACAAUCCAGAGACUGGCUGAGUGGGCCAAGCUCAAGGCCAACAUGUAUGAUGGCCUCCCAUUCAAAUCCAAACUGUAGUUAGCGGAGUUUUUAAGGUAAGAAGACCUGGUGAGUACGUUUUGAAAAGCGAGCAAACUGAACAUUUCCUAAGCCUCCAGGGAGGAAAUUUGAAACAAUAUAUCAAAUGUUUACAUGGUUUGAUCAUCAUCUUCCUAACACUAAAAACAAAAUACUGUACAUAACAGUGUGAAAUUACAGAAAGGAUGUAAUUUGUUCUGUGUGGGACAGGAUGUGUGUGAGACAGAAUAAUAUACUCAUGAAAAGAUUCACUUGACUGGCCUGAGGAAGGAAAUGCAUGUGUAUGCAGGUUCAUUAAUGUAUGAAUUUAAGCUGGCUGAGAAUGUUAGUACACAGAUGAUAAUGUGGCACUGACACAUGACAACAUUACAGGUGAUAAGAAUUAAUGCCAAUAAGGAUAGCUGUGUAUAAUUUGUAAAUGUAAAAAUUUUCAGUCAUUUGAAAGCAUUAAGGUUUAAGUCAAACAUGACUGCACAGUGAGAAGAUUAACACUGUAUAGAUGACAGAGACCGUGCGCUUUGUAAAAUUUAAUUAUUUAUUUCUCAUAAGGGAAAAAUGCAAAUAAUAUUUGAAGUAAUAAUGACUUCUGAGUGCUCUUGCUAAGAUUAUGAAUAAGAAAUAUUGCUACUUCUUAAUUUCACUGUCUUGUAUUAGCACAUAGAGCUACACAGACAUCUGCUGUGAUAUUUGUAUUAAAGUAUUACAAUAUGAUUAGUAUUACCACCAUACUGCAACACAUGUUCUACUCUGUUCAGCAGUGAAUUGUGGUUGAUGACACUUUUGCUUUAACCUUGUUCAUGCCUGAAUUACUCAAUCUUUGUGGCCUUUCGUUGUUGUACACUUUAUAAAUUUGACACACAUUAUCCAUUGCUUGUCAUUGCCUGGUGGAAUGCAGAAAGAAUUGUCAUGAAAAAAUAAAUAUUUGCUUCAGAAC